AAAACAACCAAAAAAAAAAAAAACAAAAAACGUCAAAUUGACUUUUCUCGGAUUGUAUUGUUGUGUUGGUGUUGUAUUUUUAUUUUCAUUAUCAAGAGGAAAAUAAUUUAUUGAAAUUGUUUAUAUGAAAAUGGUCAUAAACGAUUUGAACUGAUAAGUCGCUAUCACAAUGGCAUUUUUGGAGUGGCGGCGUUUUACUUUCUUUGAUACACAUCACAAUGUGGACAACAAGAAAAUAGCAGAAUGCUUGCAAGACACACAUGUAACAGUGUCCACAAGUGGAAAUGGACAUGUAGUACUAUGUGAUGUGACAGGUUGGGCUCACCUAAUCACUAGAAAUUGGGAGGUGACCUGUUUUAAGGCAUAUGAAUUAACAGUCACUCUUGCACAACAGCUACCACACGAUCCUUACUUGGUUACUAUUGGAGACGACGAAGCGGGUGUAAAUCCCUUGAUAAAGGUAUGGGACUGGUCUCGUAACGAUCGGCAUGGGAACCCCACAUGCGUACGAGUUUCGCGCGCAGUGCCCUCGCAUAUGCGACCCACGCCUGUCACUGCAUUGGCUGUGCACGAUAACAAGAGUCUCUUAGCUGUGGGCUUUCAAGAUGGCUCUGUAACUCUAUUUCGAGGGGAUAUAGCGCGACAACGCAGCGGAAAGAUGAAGACUCUUCCCGACUCGGGUAGCAGCCCCAUCACUGGACUUGCUUUCAAGGGUACGGAAAAGCUAUUCGUGGUGUCUCGCUCCAGCGUGAUGGUGUACUGGCUUGGGGCGGAGCGCUGCGUGACCCUGGAGGCGCGCGGGGCGCCGCCCCAGUGCUGCGUGCUCGCCACCAACCACCGCCUCACCGUCGCCAUCGACGACGCCAUAUACUGCUACACUACAGAAGGACGAGGCCCUUGCUACGCCCUAGAAGGCGAAAAGGUCCGUUUAAAUUGGUUCCGGUCAUACUUAGUGAUCACCACCAACGAAAAAUCAGCCGCCUCCACCAGCUCUGGAUCGUCAUCGAAGUCCCAUCACAUCACAAUACUCGAUAUACAGAACAAAUUCAUAGUUUUUUCCAAAACGUUUGACGUCAUCGACGCUGUGAUCACAGAAUGGGGAUGCAUUUACCUCCUUACGAAAAACAAAGAGGUUAUUUACUUGGAGGAGAAAGAUUUGCAGUCGAAACUGAGUUUGUUGUUCAAGAAGAAUUUGUAUGAUGUAGCCAUAAGGAUAGCGAGCAGUCAGCACUAUGAUGUCGAGGGUCUUAUAGAGAUUUAUAAGCAGUAUGGUGACCAUUUGUAUAGUAAGGGCGAUCUCAAAGGUGCUAUAGAACAGUACGUUAAAACCAUCGGUUGGCUGGAAACCUCAUACGUCAUCCGUAAAUAUCUUGAGUGUCGGCACUUAGAGCCACUAGUCCAAUACUUGGAAGAGCUUCACAAGAAAGGCUGUGCUACCGAAGAUCACACUACUUUACUUCUGACAUGCUACGUGAAGAUAGACCAGCACGAUCAGCUUGGGAAGCUGAAGGAGUUUAUCAAUUCCAAAGACAAGGCUAUAGACUUCGAUGUGGAUGUUGCUAUUAAGGUGGUCCGUCAAGUGAGCGUGGAAGACGCGUUAUCCCUUGCUAUGGUCCACAAACGCCACGACUGGGUGGUGAAGUUGCUAGUGGAAGACCGUAAGGAGUACUCCAGGGCGUUACACUAUAUAGCCGAUCUGGAGUUUGAACACGCAGAGUUCUAUAUGAGGAAGUAUGGACACGCUCUCAUACAACAUGAGCCGGAGGAGAGCACACAGCUGUUGAAGUUGCUAUGUACGGACUAUAAACCGCGCAGCAAACCACUUGUAGACGAGGCGACUCUCACUGGUCGUACACGGGAACCAGACAGCGCCCCGCCUGAAGACUUCAUACAUAUGUUCCUGAGCAACUCUGAACGGCUCAUAGAAUUUCUUGAGCAUAUGAGUUCAACCCCCGGUUGUUCUAAAUUAGUAUACGACGCGCUCAUAGAACACUACAUACAUGUGUGGGCGAAAUGUCCAGACAUCGAAAAAGCCGAGUACGAAGCUAAAAUUAUGAAGGUGCUGAAAGACCCAGAAGCUAACUACGAUAAGGAUCAAACACUAGUUAGCUGUCAGAUGCUGGGCUUUAAAACUGGCGUCCUCCACCUUUAUGAAGAGAAUAAAUUAUGGCGCGCGCAAGUGGCCCUACACUUGCGCAGUGGCGAUGCCGAAGGGGCACUAGCGGCGUGCAGGCGACGCGGGAACGUCUGCCCGCGGCUGUGGCUCGACGUGCUGUGGUGGGGACCGCCCGCCGCCUGCCUGGGCGAGUUGCUGCCCGUCAUCGAUAGUCAAAAGCUCUUGUCUCCAAUUCUGGUCAUCGAUUGCCUCGCAAGUACGCCGACAUACACGCUAGGCGACGUAAGAAAGUAUUUGAUGGACGUGCUAAAAGCCGAAAGCGACGUAAUUAAUCGGGAACAAGAACUCGCAGAGAAGUAUCGCAGCGAGAUUGAAAAAAUGAAGGCUCAGAUACAGCGCAUACAGAACGAACCCGUCACCUUCCAGAGUUCUAGAUGUGCUGCUUGCAGUAGACCCCUGGAAAUGCCCACUGUACACUUUCUGUGCCAGCAUUCCUUCCACCAACACUGCUUCCAAAGCUACUCGGAGUCGGAGAGCGAGUGCCCGGUGUGCUCGCCGGGCGGGCGCCGCGUGUCCGUGCCGCCCCCGCCCGCAGACGCCAUGCACGCGCGGCUAAGGACCGACCACGACCCAUACGCAGUCGUAUCGGAAUACUACGGGCGGGGUCUGUUCAACAAGCUGACUGUGGUGCCGGGCGCACAAGACUCGCCGCCCGCUUCAGCGACCGCUACCGCUCCAUCGACCGCUGUCGCUGCAGCGCCCGCCCCCGCUUUUGUCCCUGCUACUACGCCAAUGCAGACGUACGGCCCGGGCGCGGAGGCUAAACUGAGACUGCAGGAGGGGCAGAGCAAACUGGGAUCGGCCGUGGUGCCAGUACCGGAGGGGCGGAUGAGGGCCAACGAGCGAAUGUUGGAACCUCAGCGGUACAGCUCAAGUCUCGAAGCAAACCUCAACCGGCUGGAGCCGGCUAGAUCCAGGCCAUUACCGUCACCCAAACCGAACAGAAGAGAGGCGGAGCAGCCCGCCCCUAGUUCCCCGAAGAUCUCCUCUGCCAUUGCCAACGACACCACCAAGAACCCCUUCGAAGAAUCCACGUACGAUGAAACGAAGAACCCUUUCGCCGAUGAAGAAACCAACGACCCCACCAAUCCGUUCGCCGAGGACGAUGACUAUGAUAAGAACCUAAACCCUUUCUCCUGAACUGAUAUUAGGUUAGUGUUACUGUUUGUGCGGGAUUUCAUUGGGGAAGGAAACGCAAAGCUCAUUACAGAUGGCGCUUUGGUCGUUUGGCCUAUAACAAGCUGCCUGUCAUUUCAAGGCUGCGUUGUUAAACUACGGUCUAAGUGCAACUUUUUACCCUGUUGUUUUAAUUUUGAAAUGAAAUUUGUCGGUUUUCUUUGUGACUUUGAUAGCUGUCUCGACUUAUUGCUAUGGGCCAUUCAACAACUGCGCCUCUGGCGGGAUAAAUUGGCAGUUUUCUUCAACCACAGUAGGCUUGGUCCAAAAUUGUUUUUCGGCAUUAUUUAAUAAAAAUAGGAGUUGUUUGUUGAGUAUUUCAAAUAAAACUAUGUAAACACAUUUGUUAAUGUUAUAUUUAAUGAAUAAUCAACCUUAUUGGAAACGCUGUAGAAGUUAUUUUAUUCCAAUUGAUAUUGACAAAUCAGAACGAUCAAAUUAUCCCAUUCAAAGCUAAGAGUGUCAGUGUGACCUGAACUAAUCUCUUACCCCAUGUGUAGAAUAACAGAGAUCACGGACGAAGUAAAGUUACAUAAUUAUUUCCGAUGUUGUAUUUAUAACACGCUUUUUCUUUUUUUUCAGAACCUAGAUAACCUAUGGUUAAAUAUAUUUAAGGCGCGUUUCCCUUAUCUUAAUUAGAUUUGAUAGCAAAAUUGUUCCUUUUAUAUACGGACUGAAAAUUAUUAUAAAUUAAAAUUUUAUUAUUUAACUCCUUAGACUUUUAUAUCACUCGCUCGGACGGCAAAAAGUUGCUGGGUCAAGUCGUAGGAUAUUAUGUGAUUUAUCUAUUAAAAAAAAAUAUUUAAAAAUGUGUUUUUAUCGAGUUAUUUUAGAGAGUUUUGUCAGAAUUCGGGCCUUUAUAAUCUCAAAAUUCCGUAAAAUUCUUU